AUGUCCACUGCUGGCAACUCAACAACAAACCGCAACCCGUCUCAAGUCCUACAACCUGGACAUCUUGAAACUAGUCUUGUGUACAUCCUGGAAAUUGUCUUUGGCUACAGUGCUGGCAGUAUCCUUCAUCUCGCACAGUGCUGGCAGUAUCCUUCACUCGACCUUGUUGGCAUGGAUGAUGCUGAUAUUGACAGACUACAGUAUCCUGUCAGUCAGCCACGUGAUGCUAACGGUGACCCACAACCUGAUGUACUUUGGGAUGUGCCGAAACCUCUUAAGGCAUAUCCCCAUGGGAUCCGUGGCUACAUCUACCAACGAGAAACUGUGCUUCAGGACCCAGUCACUCUGACUAACUGUGUCCUCAUUGACCCUGAUGAUUUUGAUACAUACAGGGCCUCCAGCGCAUUCAUCGUGUUCCGCAGCCGCACCAUCCCACAGCCUCUUGUCUCCAAGCCAUCUAGACGUUCACCAGCUGAGGAAUUUGAUUGGGGCAUUAAUCUAGAUGCUAAUCUUUAUCCAACUUUGUCCAAUAAUAGGCAAUGGGAUAGUCAUCAUGGCAAACGUCUCACCUCUGAAGAGGAAACAAUCUCAAUACCCUAG